UUGGGCACAAUGGUGGAAUGUUCGUUGUGCUCGCUAUUGAGUUUUUUAUUCAACUGUAUUUACCAUGUGAUCGGUUGUGCUUUAGAGUACCCGCUGGUAGUAAUGGCGCUUAGCUUUCUAAUUGCGUUGGUUUUCGUAACAAAUAUCUUUACGGCAAAAUUGAUUUGUGAUUUCCGUAGUCCGUUACGUGGUGGUGUCCCAGCAGAUGGCGGUGGAAGCUGCAAUGAAAGUGGGCAAGGCGAGAGAAGCGCAUCAACGCAAUUUGAUUAUGGGCCAGAUAAUGGUCCACAUAAUUGGCGCUGCUCGGACACAAAUCAAUCGCCCAUAAAUAUUAUCGAUGAUAAUGUGCAAAAAUUUCCCAUACGUGAAUUACUUUGCUGGAAUCACUACGAUGAUUUACCCAACGGCAUUAUGCUGGAGAAUAAUGGUCACACAGUUGUGCUACGCGCCUCUUAUUCAGGCAAUACACCCACCGUUAGUGGUGCUGAUCUGCUGGCUUGUUAUACAUUUGUUGAACUGUGCUUUCGCUGGAGUUCAUUAGGCAACGAUGGAUCCGAACACAUGCUGAAUUACCGCAAAUUUCCGCUGGAAUUACAGACUGGCUUCUACAGCUAUGGCGGCUCACUGACCGAACCGCCAUGCUAUCAGGGUGCCGAAUGGUUUCUCUUUCCCGAGCCAUUGGCAAUUAGUGAACGCCAGUUGAACGAAUUUCGUCAGUUGCUAUCGAAGGAUGGCAAAACACGGAUUCUGCGUAAUUCACGUCCUGUUCAAGAUAUCAAUUGUACACGCAUUGUCAACUUAAAUCAAUUUAAUCCCAUUGAUGCUUGCCCGAUGGAGCCGCCCGUGUGUGUAGAUGAGGAAAGUGUUGAAUAGCAAGGAAGUGCGAAAAUGAUUUGCACCGAAGCCUAUGCGAUUUCAAGAUUUUAUAUUUGUAAAUUUAUUUACAAAUCAAAAAUAUAUACUUGUACAGUUUAUGAAAAAAAUAUCUAUGUAUAUGGGCAUAUGUAGUCCGUAGAGUCCCUAAUUAAGGCGCCA